UCGUCUUGCCUCCAGCAGUGCAGGCAGACAAGGCUGUCUUCAGCUGCAUCACGUAAGGGUUGAAUCAAUUCUAGCUUGAAAAGUCACGACCAUGAUUCGUUCAGCGGCGUCCAGGGGGUGUCGGGCGUGGGCCACAACAUUCACUAAGGCCAACAUCACCACCACCACCAGCACUGGGACGUCCACCAUCGGCACCAACGUGAAACGGGGGAAACGACUCCCCCACAUCGCCACGUCCAGUAAGCCGGCAGGAGAGGAGGGUCUCAAGUGGAGGUUCCCCGCAGACGAUAGGACACAGGCCAGAGUGGCGGCUGUGGAGAGCGGGUGUUGUCAGAGCACCAUCCUCACCUUUAAUUCCGUGGCGCCCAUCACCCCUGACCUGAUGGAGGAGGCGCUCGUCCACCUCUAUGGCAAGAUCGAGUCACUCAGAAUUUGCUUCAGGCAACGGGAGGGGCAGCUGUGGGUCGCCAACAUGCCUCGACAAAAAAUAGAUUUACAGGUGGUGACCUCUACGGACUUGGAGCACGAACACUCUGAAUUGCAUAAAGUAAAAUUUGACCUCUGUAAUGGGCCACUGUGGAAUGCUCGGCUCAUGCCAUGUCCUCCAGAUGCUCCCUGUCCUCUCCCUGAAGUGAAGGCAGCAUAUCCUCAUCAGUGUCACCUCCUAAUGUCCAUCCACCAUGCUGCUAAUGACGGAAUAGUCGUACUACUGAUGUCGGAGCAGUUGUCCCACAUCAUCGACAGCCUCCUCGGAGGAUCACCCGUGGACACUAGGCCAGUCGGGGAGCUCCGUGACGGCGUGGAGGCCAGAGAGGGAAAACAAGAUUAG